AAAAAAUUAAAAAUAAAUUAAAAAAAAAGAAAUUUAAAUUUUUUUUACUGUCAAAAAUUAUAUCAUCUGAAGUGAUACUGCUCAUGGUAUUUGAGUCACUGAUGCAGCUGUGUUGGAUUGAAGUGGGGAUCAUGAGAGCUCCCAGUUUGUCCCUCCAGUUUGGACCAGAGGGAAGAGUCUGGCCCUACUCGUUUUAAUUAGCCUAGCGCUAAUCGGCCCAGCUCUGUUUGAGGGUCCAAACUUGGAUCAGAUGCUUUGUGUGUAAGUGCAUUUCUUUGUGCACAUGUGCAGGCGUGAGUGAGCUGUCAGUGUAUACGUGUUUGUAGUAGGUAUGAUGCAGGAAUACUGGACUCCUCCAGAGGACAAGCCUUCUAGCAGCUUGAGCUACUUGCAACUCAGUGGGGAGCCUGGAAAGUAAGUCAGGCCGAGAGAUCUGAGCAGCAGCGCUGCCUUAGCUGCCUGGUAGGCCCGCUGCUCUACCGUUGCUUGCAGGAGAGCAGCUUAGUCCCGCCCAGACCCAGGCAUCCUCCCAGCUCUCUAAUUAGCUUGAUUAUCACUGGACGGGGCUGUAGAGAUGAGCAGCAGUAUGUUAGUAAAACUGGGUCAGAGGCUUCAGAGCUGUGCUGGCUGAAGAGGCAUCAUAGACGGCAAAAAGUGACACGUAACAGGAAGAAAAGAAUGAGAAAAAAAUAUAAAACAAAAUAACUUACAAUUUUUUUCCUGUGGCUUUUAGCAUUUUAGGUGAUAGCCACAUCCCUUGGUACUACCUGAGAGCAUUCAGUUACUACUUACCAUGCACCUGAACUGUGUCAGGCCUUGUGCUAGUGGGGAUAAGAGGACACAAGUGGUCCCUAUCCUCAGAGUGACACUAGAAUAAACUGGAGUGUUUCUACAGUGGAUUAACGGACUAGAGAGUGAAGCAGUGGUGGCAAGUCUUCAUUUCUUCACGAUGACCAGGGCACUGACGGGGAGGCAGUGUAGUGAUUCAGGGCAUACACGUUGGAACAAGAGGAGGGUUUGAAUUCCGUUGUCAUUUUACCCUUUGGGAAGUUCUUCAACUUCUGUAAUCCUUGUUUUCCUAACUGUAAAAUGGGUAAUACCCACUUGUGUUUAAUCAACUACUUUAUCAAAACAUUUAAGCACUGUGACUGACAUGGUAGUUUUUACUGUUAGGGCUGUGGUCUGCAGAAAGUUGCUUACUGAGUCUCAGACAGAAACUAUUCUACUGCCUGUGCAAAACAUUGAUGAAAAACUCAAUUAACAACAAGGUUACAAGUCAUAAAUUAUUAACGUUAAAGUAAGUAAAGUACUUGUUGACCCUCAUUUUGGUUUAUUAAGGGUGCUGUUUGAAAAGUCAAGGUGAGUCUAAUUGAUUCCAUUGAUCUAUAUGGAGAGUAACUUGUAUAGCUAGUUUAGAAAUGAAGCAGGUAACACUAGUUAUAAAGGUUUAAAAAAAAUGUAACCAAGUUAGAAAGGCCAAGAGAAGUUAAUUUUGAGACUAGCCUACCACACGUGCAGUAAAUGAAUUCUUGAAUACAUUACAGGUAUCCUUGUGUGGUUAAAGACCUGAUAAUAAUAAAGUAGAAUCUUCAGGUGGAGGCACCUAGGAUAAUUUUUAAUCCAGCUCCUCUGUUUUAUAGCUGAGACAAAAGCAAAAUGUUGCUUGUACAGGAUUGCAUAACUAAUGAAAAUCAGAACUGUUCUUACUGCUUUUUAUUAAACUUCAGUGAAGUAGCACUAAUUGUGCAAACUGCAUACUGCUCAAAGAGGACUCUCCUACAUCACUUAGCCUGCCUGUCCCACCUUCCGUCUUCACAGACCUGCACGUUCGUUCAUUCAACAGGUACUGAGUGCCUGCUGUGUUUUGUGGCAGGCAUCAUCUUUGAAGAGGUUUGCUAUCUAGAGGAAGGUAAAACGUCAGGCACGUUGAUAGUUAAAGUGUUGCACCUUGCAGACCUCUGGGGAGAUUGCUAUGGAUUUAGAAGUGGUGCUCAUCUCAGGCCAAAUACAGGCGUUGAUGACAUAUGGCAAAAAGUUUUUUCUUCACGGAAGCUAGCAAAAGGAGACAGGGAACACAAGCUCAUGGAAUGCUGUGUAAAUGCCCUGGUGACAUCCUUUAAAGAGACUAUCUUAGCAGAGUGCCAAGGCAUGAUCAAGCGAAACGAAACUGAAAAACUACAUUUGAUGUUCUCACUGAUGGACAAAGUUCCUAACGGGAUAGAGCCAAUGCUGAAGGACCUGGAGGAACACAUCAUUAGCGCGGGCCUGGCAGACAUGGUAGCAGCUGCUGAAACCAUUACUACUGACUCUGAGAAAUAUGUUGAGCAAUUACUUACACUAUUUAAUAGAUUUAGUAAACUCGUCAAAGAAGCUUUUCAAGAUGAUCCACGAUUUCUUACUGCAAGAGACAAGGCGUAUAAAGCAGUUGUUAACGAUGCUACCAUAUUUAAACUUGAAUUACCUUUGAAGCAGAAAGGGGUGGGAUUAAAAACUCAGCCUGAAUCAAAAUGCCCUGAGCUGCUUGCCAAUUACUGUGACAUGUUGCUAAGAAAAACACCAUUAAGCAAAAAACUAACCUCUGAAGAGAUUGAAGCAAAGCUUAAAGAAGUGCUCUUGGUCCUUAAGUACGUACAAAACAAAGACGUUUUUAUGAGAUAUCACAAAGCGCAUUUGACACGACGUCUUAUAUUAGACAUCUCUGCCGAUAGUGAAAUUGAAGAGAAUAUGGUAGAGUGGCUAAGAGAAGUUGGUAUGCCAGCAGAUUACGUAAACAAGCUUGCUAGAAUGUUUCAGGACAUAAAAGUAUCUGAAGAUUUAAACCAGGCUUUUAAGGAAAUGCACAAAAAUAAUAAGUUGGCUUUACCAGCUGAUUCAGUUAAUAUAAAAAUUCUGAAUGCUGGUGCUUGGUCAAGAAGCUCUGAAAAAGUCUUUGUCUCACUUCCUACUGAACUGGAGGAUUUGAUACCUGAAGUAGAAGAAUUCUACAAAAAAAAUCAUAGUGGUAGAAAAUUACAUUGGCAUCACCUCAUGUCAAAUGGAAUUAUCACGUUUAAGAAUGAAGUAGGUCAAUAUGAUUUGGAGGUAACGACGUUUCAGCUGGCUGUAUUGUUUGCAUGGAACCAAAGACCCAGAGAGAAAAUCAGCUUUGAAAACCUAAAACUUGCAACUGAACUCCCUGAUGCCGAGCUUAGAAGGACUUUAUGGUCUUUAGUAGCUUUCCCAAAGCUCAAACGGCAAGUUCUGUUGUAUGAACCUCAAGUCAACUCACCCAAAGACUUUACAGAGGGUACCCUCUUCUCAGUGAACCAGGAGUUCAGUUUAAUAAAAAAUGCUAAAGUUCAGAAAAGGGGCAAAAUCAACUUGAUUGGACGCUUGCAGCUCACUACAGAAAGGAUGAGAGAGGAAGAGAAUGAAGGAAUAGUUCAACUAAGAAUACUAAGAACCCAGGAAGCUAUCAUACAAAUAAUGAAGAUGAGAAAGAAAAUUAGUAAUGCUCAGCUGCAGACUGAAUUAGUAGAAAUUCUGAAAAACAUGUUUUUGCCACAAAAGAAAAUGAUAAAAGAGCAAAUAGAGUGGCUAAUAGAGCACAAAUACAUCAGAAGAGAUGAAUCUGAUAUCAACACUUUCAUAUACAUGGCGUAAUUUUGAAUAUCAUGGACAAUACUAAGAACCCAAAUUGUGGAGUGCUUGGGCAGAAAGUUGUUACAGUUUGUGCUAGAGGAAGGUUUAUUUGGACUUUGAUUACAUAAAUAUUAAAAUCUCUGCCUUACCUAACAAAACAACUAUAUUUUGCCAAUCACGUUAGUUAGCAUGGUGGCAUUCCCUUCAUGUUGCACACUCUUUAACAGCAUGCUGUUUUGUGGAGAAACUUGCAUUCAUGAAGAGCCCAUUAUGAACUUUUAAAAAUAAAUCCAAUUUAUACCCACCAGAAGAAAAACAGUGGGAAGGGUAACAGUGGGGUUCUUGUUGCUUGUGUUUUUCUUUUCUUUUUUUUCCCUCUCUUAGAAAAAUGUACUUGCACAAGGAAGGAUCUUCAGAUGUUCGUGCACUGAAAAAUGCUGUUAUGUUUUGUUUUAAAAAUGCAAUUAAAACUAGAAAUAGCACUCUUCGUUUCUUUUGAUCAAAAGAGUGAGCUGGUCUACACAACAUUGGGACAGGGCAGAUGUAGGGAAAAGACAAGUAUUUAAUAGUGUCAGAUUACUUGUUCAAACACUGCUUCAGUAUAGUAACUGGAUUUUAAUGGUGACUUUAAAAUGGUAUUAAAUUUUUCCAACUUAAAAAUGUUGGCUUUCUUUAAGCAGGAGACUACUGUUUUAGUUGUUUCUUGUUAAAUGAUAAGGAAGUUUUGAAUUUUUUUUUUUAUCUUAAAUGGAUGGACAACUUGUUUGGGAAAAGUGAGGAUUAUAUUAAUUGUUAUUUCAGUUGUUAAAAAAAAAUGUAUGGAGACAGGUCAUUUCGACUGCAGAAUCAAAACAGCAAAACAAGCAUCUUAAGUGUUUGCUAAGAUACUUAAUAUUUAUAUACCUAAUAUUUAUUAUGCCGCAUUCAAAUUUAUUAAAAACAAGACAAAUCUCCUGCUCUAAUAUAAUGCUGUUUUGUAACUGACCUCUUAACCUGUAGCAUAGACAUAUUUUGAAAUUUUAAAGUGAAAUUGAUUCAUGAUUAGGGAUUUAUAACAGUUUUAUGGAAAGUAAGACAUUCUGUUUUAAAAAGUAAUUAUCAAGUCACCUAGGAGAAAGAGGAAAACCACAACAUAAGAUCUGAAAAACAUAAGCAAAAUUGUUGCAAUCUUAAUAUGAACAGUAAACUUGCCAAAUAUAUGUACAUAUAUAUUUAUAUAUUUUAAUAAUAAACAUUUUCAAAAUAGUCUGAAGGCAACACUUACCUUGUUCCUUUCAGUCAAUCCAAAGUGGCAACUUAUUAGUUGCUGGCAACUGAAUACCCAGAAUAGUGGAGGUUUUAGGACUUGAGGACAUGAACAACUUAAAAGAGAAAAAUUUAUUCCCCGUUGGGAAAGAAUGGCUGAACGUGGAUUUUAUUCAUUGUGGGGCACAUUUCAGAUUUUCUUGCAAAUUGUUUGCUAUUUUGUUUAAUAUUAGUAAUAAUAUUGUAAGUGAAUUUGAUGACAGUAGGAAACGGAGUGCUGGAGCAUCGAAAGGCAUACAGUAUUACUGCAGAGUGCUUGCAAGAGCAUUUCAUGGCGGCUGUCCCCAUUCCCAAGAGGCUUUGUGAGCUGCCCGCUGAAAGGAAGGAAAGCAAAUUUAAAACAUUUAAGGUUUUGCUGUAUAGUCAAAUACCUAUUCUGAAACUCAUAGGAAAUUGGAAUUUUGUUUCUAAUUUAAAAUCUUAUACUUGAGCUCUGAGGUAGCAUAUGUCAAUUAUUAGACUAAGCAUAUUGUUAAGAAUUCAACUAAAUUAGUGCUCACUGUUUCCUCUAGAUGACUGUUAACAAUGGAUAAAAUUGAAAUUUUAAAAAAAGAUGAUUUGGUAAUAAUUGUGACCCGUAUGUUUAAAAAAUAGUUUGAUAUUAGCAUAUUUGCUUAUCCAGGAAUGCCAAAGGAGGGAGAAAUGGAAGGAAAAAUUACAGGCCAUUUCUUAAAAGUUUAAGAUUUUUUUGUUGUAUUAAGCCAGAAUUGUCCUCAGAACUUUUUUGGAAUUUCUAAUCUUUUUAGUCAUUUCAUUUAAGAAUGACAGCCAUGAUGUUUUGAUUUAUAAAGGCAAAUUUAAUGCAAAAGUGGGUAACUCUAAAUCCAUAGCGAAGUUUUCUAUUAAAUUUUAUAAAUUUUUUAAUAGCUAAUUAUGUCCUAAUUGUAUUUUGGGGACUAGAACAGCAGCAAAUAUUGUAGACUUACAGUUUUCAUCAUUGUUUUCAUUAUGCAUACAAAAAUUUGACUACUUUUUGGUGUUUAUGACAACCAUUUAGUUGACAAGGUGCCUAUCAUUGUUGAAUUUUCUUUAAGUAUAUUUUGACAGUAGAUUUGUUAAUUAAAAAAAAAGAAUCUGAAAAAAAAAACCUACCAGCAGUUUGCUAAAGGUACAAAAUCACAGUUAGUAGCCUUUAUUAUUGAGUCCCCUUCCUGGUAAUGUGCACUUAAAAUUAGUGCUUAUGAGCAGGGAUGAAACCUGACAUAGUUAAGGGGAAAAAUAUAUAGAUAUAUACAUAUAUGUAUGUAUUUUUUUCAUGAGGAGUAUGGCAGUAGGACCCUUGAGGUUAAUUUAAGCUUCGAGCAUUCAUCUUCUGAUACAAAGAUGGAGCCGUCUGGAGAAUGUUAACCUUUGUUGCCGUCUCAUUGCCAGAGUAAGUAAACAUGAAAUAAAGUAAAAAUAUAGAACAAUUUUAAUGGUUACAAUGAGUUAAAUAUUUAGAAUAUUACCGUUACAAUGAUUUAAUGAGGAUCGUGAAAUAAAUUCUGAAGUCUUCCAAUUUUUACAUUUAUUGGAGGGGUCUCUGCAUUCUGUCAAACUUUAAGUGUCUUACUCUUCUUUUGUGCAUACAUAUUAAAAUUUCCAAAAGUGAAAUAUUAGCUUUCUUGUUUUUACCUUUUAUUAAAUUUAAUGCAAAAUAUGACCAGAGUAGUUAAAAAGUAUUUUGCAUUAUUUGCAGUAAGUUGUCAUUGGCCCUGCUCAAAGGGCAAAUUUUAAAACUUCAAUUUGGUUGAAAGAUUUGCUAGUUUUCCAGAAAGAUUUGCUAUCUUAAACUCAAGCUUGUUUUUUCUAUUUUCAUGUAAAUGACUGGGAUGCUGUCCUAUAAACUCUUCCAAGGUCAUGUUUGUGAAAUAAACAUUACAUGAGAGCUUUCCUGUCAUCUACACUAUAUAUGUUGUCCGGAGUGUUGAACAAAUUUGAGUUCCUGAGUUGUAAUCUACCCUCGUAUGGUAUAUACGAUUUUGAAUGUGUGCCACUACAUACUGAGAUGAUAAUGCUGUACAAUUUUAAAUGGUAGCAGUUUCUGUAUGCAGUAGGCUGAAAUAUUUUGAUGAACUGCUUAAUUUUUGGAUUUUAUUUUUUAAGUUGUAUAAUUUAUUUUCUUGCAAAAUAAAAAUGUAAUAUAAAAGCUUU